AUGAACUUCGCUCUGCCCCCAGAGUAUCUACACUCGCUACAGCAGGCGGAAGCUGCCAGGGCAAAAGCUACACGGGAAAAGGCGCCAAACCUUUACCAUGCGUUUGAGGACCCGCGGCAGCUGCAGCAGUGGGGGACGACAGCCCCACACCAGGCCCCUCAAAGCAUGGAUGAACAGCAGCAGGCGCACUACAAUUACUCACAGCAACAGCAACAACAACAACAACAGCAGCAGCAGCAACAACAGACCUCGUACGCCCACUAUCCACAGCAGUCCAUGCCGGCACAUCAGCCGCAGCAGUCACAGGAUUUUUCGCAGGAGGCGCGAACAGGUAGACGUUCCCCUCCACGUUCACCACACCCGCAGUUGUAUUCUCAGAUGAAUGCACAAAUACAGCCUUCUGAUAGUGUCAUCUGCUUGGAUGUGCAGCUUGCCAGGUCGCAUGACAAAAGUAAAUUUCUUGACCAUCCCUCCAUUCCAAGGUUUUUGCAUUUACACUUGGCGGAAGACAUGAGUCGGGUGCCACCAACACCUCCGUACAUCGUCCCUGUGAGUCGCAUCAGUAUGCGACCAACGUUUCAAUGUCUGCCAGCUACCUCACAGCUAGCGGAUACACUACAGCUGCCGUUAGGUGUUACAUUUCAGCCAUUUGCUGACACGCAUUUGCCCGAAGUAGAUCUUUCAUCAGUGGGAGGUAGGAUGAUUCGCUGUCGCAGGUGCUCUGCUUACAUUAACCCAUUUACCACAUUCUGUGAACAAGGGCGUCGCUGGCAAUGCAUUUUGUGCCGACAGUUGAAUGAAGUAUCCCAGGAAUACUUUUGUGCUCUUGAUCCACAGACAGGGCUACGCGCGGAUGUGCUGCAACGGCCAGAGCUUACGUACUGUUCUGUGGACUUUUAUCCAACAUCUGAGUUUCUGCGUCGUCCACCGCAGCGUCCUGCAUUUCUGCUCAUGCUGGACUGCUCGUACCAAGCGAUCGCUUCAGGGCAGCUGCGUGCCAUUUGCCAUGGGGUCCUUUCAGCACUUGAAACUAUGAAAAAUGAGGACGCCACUUACAUGGGCGUCAUUGGAUUUGCCUCAACGGUGUAUUUCUUUAACUUGGGGCCUACUUUACGGUCCCCGUGCACCAUCGUCGCCCCUGACGUCGUGCACGAUGUGUGUAACGUGGAUGACAACUUUAAGUUUGAGCCCAUUGAGCUUCCGUGUGCCGUGAAUGAACUGGUUGUGCACGUAAAGGACGCCUAUCAUCUCUUGAAGUGCCUCUUUGAGACACUGCCGGAUACGUUUGCCUCUACAAAAGACGUUGGCUGUGCGUUUGGGCCGGCGCUGGCGGCGGCUAUUUCAAUGCUGGAGAACAGCGGUGGAAAAAUCGUUGCGAGUAUUGACGCCAUGCCUUCUAUCGGCGAGGGAAAACUGAAGCCACGGUUCGACAUUGCAAAGUUGUCCAACCAGCCCAAGGAGUACACUGUGUGCUUGGCUGCAGUUGACUGGUACAAGCAGCGUGCGUUGGCGUGCUCGAACAGUAACAUUUCUGUCGAUCUGCUCGUUAGCGGUGCCCAGGACGUGGAUUUGACGACUAUUGCCCCCUUGUCCCGCUUUACCUCGGGCAGUAUUUACCGCUCAACGCCGCUAACUAUUAACGGGAUGCCGGAGCAGGUGCGCCGCAUUCUCACACGUUACAUGGCGUUUGAGUCCAUUCUGCGGGUGCGCACCUCCAACGGUCUGGUGGUGCCAAACUUUUACGGCCACUGCCACGUGCGGGAGCCGGACCUUCUUGCUCUUCCGGUGGGUGAUGAGGACUCUUCAUACUCUGUCCAGUUGCAGGUUGGACCUGAGCUGAAAGCCAGCUUUGCAUACAUUCAGAUCGCCAUUGUGCAUACAAAUCGAGCACGCGAGCGACGCAUUCGUGUGCACACCUACCAGCUGAGUGUGUCGUCGUCUCUCAGCGUCGUGGUGAACUCCGCGGACUCGCUGGGGGUUGCCUGCUUUCUCAGCAAAAUGGCUGUUGAUUUCGCCGUCAAUGGACCCUUUCAGCAGGCGCAAAAACGUGUUAUGGAUAAACUGGUUGCGACGCUGCGGGCAGUGAAGAAGCACAACGACGGACUGGGUUUACGAUGCGGACACUUCAUGCUACCGGAGUCGCUGCGGUUUGUGCCGCUGCUGCUGCAUGGCUUUUUUAGGAACGCAGCGGUGGGGUUGUCCACUUCAACUCCUAUUCUCCCAGAUCAACGCGUGGCUGCCAUGUCGAUGGUGAUGUCCACUGCCCCACACGCCAUACAGCCGUACUACACAGGCUGGUCGUUCGAAGUGUACUCCCCCCAUGCGGCACCUGAGAACUUGCCCAUGCCUAUUUUUCCGACACAAACCUACUUUAGAUCGGAUGGUAUUUUCCUUGUGCAUCUUGGCUCCACGCUGGUGCUGUGGUACGGGCUGAAAGCGGACGCCCACAUUGUGAAGGCCUUUGGUCUCACACCGAGCGAGGGGGCACCGCGUUCCUCAGAGCCACCCAUCACAGAGGAGCAGCUUGCUGCCCUGCGUGGUCGCUUUGACGCCCUCGUGUGGCAUUUGCUGGAGGGUGUUCGGAGUGCAUUUAGUGCAUCGUUAGAGGCGUGCCCGCAGGGCAACUCCGUGUUUGAGCCAGCCCUGACACGGAUGAUGAUGGAAGAUGAGGUGCAAGCGCUUCCGAGCUACACGACGUUCCUGCGUGACUUGUGGCAAAAGAUGUCGGCCCCGGGGAGGUGA